GCCGCCGAGGCUCGGCGGCGACGAGGCAGCGCGCCGCCGCCAGGCGGAAUCGUAGAGGCGCCGCCGACGCCACCGCCCCCCAGCAGGCGGUCCCCGCGGACGCGGCCGGCGGGGAGCACUGAUGGCGCUUUGUGGUGGCCAGCCCGUGCUCUCUCCCUUUCCUCCGACCCGGGGUCCGAUCUGCCCUCGGCUUGAGUCGGCGGCCACGUGUGAGUGUGGCCACCUGGUGGGCGCGCGGGCGGCCCGCCUCUCCGGGCUCUUCGUUUCGGAGCCCCCUGGCGCGGCUCCGAGCCCGCACGGCCUCCGCGUCCGCCGCGGCGGGGAGGUGCGUCCUCGGGCCAGUGCUCACCUCCCUCCCGCCCUCCUCGUUCUGACAGUCCUCCUCCGCGGCGAGGACAAGUCGUUGCGAUGUUCUCUUCUCUCGACCUCGCCCUGCGACGGGCUCCACGGUCACGGCCCCCCCCCUCCCAGCCUCAGAGCCACGGCCGCGGCCGGGGCAUCGAGAUCAUCAGGCUCGCGCUAGACGCCAAGUGCACAGGUCCCUCUGCCGUCCUGCUCCGUCCUCCAAGGAGGAUCGAGCAUCGAGGCUGGUGCAUCGUCUUCUCUCCUGGUGUUCAAUCGUCUCGCCGUGCGCUCUCGUUUCCUUUUCCUCGGGCUCUCCGAGCUCCCCUUCCACUCACCAUUCUCGGGCCAGCCACAGCUUGGCUUGUUGAGCUGUGGUCGAGCCCACCGGACUCGACGCCUCUCUAGAGAGAGCGUCGACACGACGUUUUCCCACUGGGGGGUGCUGAGCGCAGCGCUCACAGUUGCGGCCGGUCGGCAUCUCCCCCUCCCCCUGCUGCCCUGCUCCUGGUCAGUCGCUGGCCGGCCUUGCAGCCCCGACUCCCGAGAGGACGAAGACGAGGGCAACUACGAGGAUGGGGUGACAUCUCCUCGUCGUGUCCCUCCUCCUCCUCCUCCUCCUCCUCCUCCUUAUACUCAUCCUGUUGAUCACUACUUCAUUGUCGAUUGCCGCAUGCCAGAGCUAGAAAGGCCGUGACCUUUGCAUUCCAAUUUCCAUUAAGGCUUCUCUUUCGCGUAGACGACUGCGGCCGCUGCCCAGUUGUCUCGACAGCCUCCCACCGCUCGCCCCGUCGUGCCCGGUCUUCGCCCCGACGGAGCAUGGGAGUUCCGGGCGACGGUGCGCUCCAGCGGCUGGGCGAGCGGACGAGGAGGCGGGCGGCUGGGAGAUGGGGGCCGAUAGUGAUCAAGGAUCGGCCCCUGGCGGGCGCCCACCAUCGCGAGGAGCUGGAGCACCGAGUCGGUCCUCGGCGCAGCCUGGGCGGCCUGCCCUGGCACCACGAGGAAGGCAGACCAU